CGACCUCAGAUCACAGCACAACAGCAGCGACAGAAGCAAUAGCAAGCGAUCAAUCUGUGCGACCUCAUCACCAGCCCGUGCAUUCCCGAUGGCGACCACGGUGAUGGCCUCCUCGAGCUCCCUUGCCUUCGCCGCUGGCGUGCGCGCCGCGGCCGGCCGCUUCCCAUCCCGGCUUCCGGCGGCCGGGCUCGCGCCACGCCGGCGCGCACCGCUCGUCAGGGCGCAGGCCGAGGACGCUGAGAAAAGCGCGGCCUCCACGCCGAAGCCAGCGAGCCCGGGGCUCUGGGACGCGCUGGCGUUCAGCGGCCCCGCGCCGGAGCGGAUCAACGGGCGCCUCGCCAUGGUGGGCUUCGUGUCGGCGCUCGCCGUCGAGGCAUCCCGCGGCGGGGGCCUCCUCUCGCAGGCCGGGAGCGGGUCCGGGCUCGCCUGGUUCGCGGCCACUGCCGCCGUGCUCUCCGUGGCGUCGCUGGUGCCGGUCCUCAGGGGGGAGAGCGCCGAGGGCCGGAGCGGCGGCGUCAUGAGCGCCGACGCCGAGCUCUGGAACGGACGCUUCGCCAUGCUGGGCCUCGUCGCCCUCGCCGUCACCGAGUACAUCACCGGCGCGCCCUUCGUCAACGUGUAGAUAUAUAUAUACGUCGUAUAUUGUACGCGUGUAGCUGUGUAGUGGAUGAGCUACUGUAUACGUAUUUGUGUAUGGCCGGGGUGCUUGUAAGCUAGGUUAAGUACAGUAGUCUGAAACAAUGAAGGAUUUCUUUGACACAAUUACUGUGUCUGUGCAAAAAA